GCCCGCCUCCUAAUCCUCGGGCGGAGCGGCUCGGGGGCCCCAUUUUAUGGCAAUAAAGCGACUUAGCGCCUGCUGAGCGAGCCCCUCCCCGCCGCCGCCCCCGCCCUCGGCCCCACCCCGGGGCUCGCCCGCAGCGGCGGGGCUUUGUUUCUGGGGAGGAGGACCCGGAGCUCUUUUGUUUGGGGGUUUCUUGUUUUCGGCCCCCCCUCACCUCACCCCACCCCACCCCACCCCAAGCGCCUCUCCGGUUUCCUGAGCUGCGGGCUGCGAGGGAGGAGAAGCGGCGUCCUGCAACCCCCUCGGCUGGGCCCCGGGGUAAUUCGAUGCGGGCCUGGCGAGGCUCCCCACACUAGACCCGGGCUCGCAUCUCGGCAGCCUCCACCCACCGGCCCACCCUACAUUUAGCGCAUCAUGUGAUCCGGGUGGCGUGCAGUGGAGCCAUCCCAGCUUGCAGCUCAGGAUCCUUCUGCCUCAGCCUCCCAGGAUUAAUCUAGGAAUGUUAUCACUGGGUCAAAGACUAUCAACGUGCUUUUGACUCUUGAAACGAAAGUGCCUUUCAAAGGAGUUCUGAUGGAUCAAUGUGACUCUAAGAACAAAUGGAUGAAUGAAUAUCCAUAUGAAGAGAAAAACAAUAAAGAAUAUCAACAACUUUGAGAACAGAAUGUUAAUGCUUGAUGGGAUGCCGGCAGUCAGAGUCAAAACAGAGCUUUUGGAAUCUGAACAAGGGUCUCCAAACGUCCACAACUAUCCCGAUAUGGAAGCCGUUCCCCUGUUGCUAAAUAAUGUGAAAGGGGAGCCACCAGAGGACUCGUUAUCUGUAGAUCACUUCCAAACACAAACUGAGCCAGUGGACUUGUCAAUAAACAAAGCCAGGACGUCCCCUACUGCCGUGUCAUCCUCCCCAGUUUCCAUGACAGCGUCUGCCUCCUCACCUUCUUCAACUUCAACCUCUUCAUCGUCUUCUAGUCGUCUAGCCUCAUCCCCAACUGUUAUCACAUCAGUAUCUUCAGCGUCAUCUUCGUCAACAGUAUUAACUCCAGGGCCUCUUGUUGCCUCUGCAUCUGGUGUUGGAGGCCAGCAGUUUUUGCACAUUAUCCAUCCUGUACCGCCUUCAAGUCCCAUGAAUUUACAGUCUAACAAACUGAGUCAUGUUCACCGCAUCCCCGUGGUGGUACAGUCGGUGCCUGUUGUCUACACAGCUGUAAGGUCACCUGGAAAUGUGAACAACACUAUUGUCGUGCCGCUUUUGGAGGAUGGCAGAGGCCAUGGCAAAGCACAAAUGGACCCCCGAGGCCUAUCUCCCAGACAAAGUAAAAGUGACAGUGAUGAUGAUGACCUGCCAAAUGUGACCUUAGAUAGCGUUAAUGAAACUGGAUCUACGGCCCUUUCCAUAGCCAGAGCAGUACAAGAGGUACAUCCGUCCCCAGUAUCAAGGGUCCGGGGAAAUCGAAUGAAUAAUCAGAAGUUUCCUUGUUCAAUUUCACCAUUUAGUAUUGAGAGCACAAGACGCCAGAGACGGUCUGAAUCCCCAGACUCCAGAAAACGGCGUAUCCACAGAUGUGAUUUUGAGGGAUGCAACAAAGUGUACACAAAAAGUUCUCACCUGAAGGCUCACCGGAGGACACAUACAGGAGAGAAACCCUACAAGUGUACCUGGGAAGGCUGCACCUGGAAGUUCGCUCGUUCAGAUGAACUGACGAGGCAUUACCGCAAACACACGGGAGUGAAGCCAUUCAAGUGCGCGGACUGUGAUCGCAGCUUUUCCCGGUCAGAUCAUUUGGCCCUGCACCGCCGGAGGCAUAUGUUGGUGUGAGGAAUGCUACCUGUCCGGCUGAGCGUAAGAGCUGGAUCUCUUAGCGGCACCCAAUUCAGCAGGGCUGAAUCCCCUUCACAGUGUUAACACAAAAGGGCAUCACCAUCCCAUGAUGUCUGAAACCAGAGCAGGAAAAAGAAGGCACACUUCUUUUGGUCUGAAGGUAACCCCCAUCAUGACUACACGAGAACCGUCUUUACGCGGGCCUGGGAGCUCAGUGACAUAAAUGCUGAAGAGACAGGCAUUGUUUUCCGUGCUGUGUCCUCUGCCAUUUAAAGAUGUUUGUAGCUUGUACAUUUUCUGAGCUGUCAGACAUUUUGUUAUUGAUACCUUAAAGGUCACCUACCACAAAUUGAUGGCUAGAGCAAGACCUUUUAAAUUUGGAUGAAUCUCCCAUCAUCCCAUCCCUUAACCCCUUUUUACAGAAAUUUUCGUUACAAUCUGAGUAAGCUAGAACACACAUCCAAUCUGUUACCAGCAAGCAGCAUGAAAGUAGAAAUGAAGAAGCAGAUGGAGAGGUCCCAUUACCUGCAAAGAAAGGGCACUCAGGCAGCCCUUUGCAAUCGCGAUGGCGGCCACUAGAUACCACUCGCAACUUGUCAUUCUGCCAUGCCCUGAAGAAAACCAACAUUGAAUCUUUCAUUUGUUUGUCGUUGAUUGUUUUUGUUUUGUUUCGAUUCUGUUUUGUUCAUCUGUUCGAGCAGAGGGGCAGUUGAAGUCUCGUCCUGGUCUCUGCCCUGGCAUGGACUGGCACAGAGGUGUUCUGUAGUUGAAUAGGAAGAGCCUGUCUAAAAAACUACUGCCCCACUUCAAAUUGCAGUGUUCUGUCACCUAGGCAUCAUCUCUUCCUGCCCCUAGUAUUUGAUUACAAGGAACCAGGGGAAAAAAACUUUCUUAGACACACUGGCACCAAGGUAAGAGGUGGGGCUGCCCAGGCAAAGUCAGUGAACAUGAAAAAUCAGACAAAGCAGAGAUGGAAAUAAUGCGCCUCUUGAGGAGAAAAGCAAUAAUGAAUAAAAGGACUUUCCUACAAUAACUUCACUGAGGACUCACGUUACCAAUUUUCAUACUUACUAAAGGGAUUGUAAAAAACACCCCAGCAUUUUAGAUGUCUUGGUUCCAUUUACAGCACUGAGGUAAUCUUUCUGCUGUUUGUUGUCCUGCUUGGUUGAGUACCACAAUUAAAGAUUAUGCUCCCCUUUUCUUGUUUGAAAACAGUUAUUUGGUGACUAGAAAGGCAAGGGAGGCAUAGCUGGGAAUUAACUCUUCGGUUAAUGGGUCAGUUCUCCUUGGAACUGAAUCAGUGGAAAGAGAAUGCCUCCCAUAGAAAGCCCAACAUGGUGCUAGUUUCCUCUCUUGGAGAGCCAAGGAUAAGUGACUCUCCAAUAGGUUCUUCUAUACAGAUUUCAUUUUCUAAACUGUAUCAGGACCCAGGUGUCCUGCAUUGGCAUCUGCAGGGAUAUUGAACCCACUCAUCCUGUGCGGAGGGUGAGAGGAAGGUGUUAGUUCCAUCAGCCCCCUAAAAUUAUGAACCUUUUUGCAACUAGCAAAAUAUACAGUAAACAAGCAAUACAUCACCAACAACCAUUCUUUCAGAAAAAUUACCAUAUUUUUGUCCCCACUACAAGCUGGGUUUUUUUCCAGCUUUCUGUGGCUGAGGGGCUUGGUGAGAUUUUUUGUUGUUGUUAUUGUUGUUGUUGCUAGAAUUUUUUAUAGCUUAGAUAUAAAAGGUCUCCAACAAAGACCUUUGCAAUAUAUUUUAAUUACAAACACUUGAUUUUGGGAAUUGCACAUAUUAACCUCACAAUAUUACUAGCUCAUUUUUAAAUGUCUGGACAUUCUGAAAUAAUUUCCGGUUACAGAAUUAUCCUUUUUAGGAUCAUCUUCUAAUUCAGAUAAUCUUAUUCUGAUGAAGCGAGAACUAUGAACGUUGAAACAAGGACAAUUUGUGUUGGAUGGUAUUCAAAGGAAUUUUUUAAAACAUUGAGCAACAGUGUAAUGAUUUUCAGGUCAAAUUAUGGCUUCACAAAUAUGUGUUCUAUAUUGUCUGCCAGGUCUCAAAAAUUCAUCAGGCAGUUUCCCUCCAACAAGGGCUGCAGUUCUAGUGAUAAAUAGCAUCUUUAGCUACACAGUCUACUACUCAUCAACCAGUGGGUUUUUUUUACCACCUGGAAAGUUUUUUUGUACUGUAUGCAACUCCUACUUCACAUUGCCUGUGACCAUUCAGAAUAGAAAAAGGUCAUGAUGCAUGCCAGUGUUGGUUACUAGUCAGUGACAGAGAACACAGAGAGGGACAAACACAGCCAUGAACCCCCUGGCACUAGUACCAGCACCUAGUUGGCAAGUAGUCAGUGCAUCCCUCAAGUGAAGUGUAGAUUUGUAUUUAGUCCUGCUUGCUCUCAUAAAAGGAGCCAGUUCUUUUCUCUGCUGAAAGAUGUCUUGAGAGUAUUACAGGUAGACUUGGUUUUUAGAAUUCAUAAAACUGACAGGCAGGGGAAGCUUCCUGAGUGACAGCUUGGUUUAAAUUUAGCACAGAACUAAAUGAGUUGCACUUUUCUAAUAACAUAGGAUGGAUUUGGGGAAGGGAACAUUUUUCCUCAUCCUCUGAAAGUGGAAACCAGACUGAGAUGGUAAGUUAACUGAUAAAACCUGUCAGCAUUCCAUCGUUUUCCCCUUUUGACAUAUCAGUACUUCUAAGAAGGGAUCUAAGCACAAUUAAGUGAAUGAGUCUCGGGUCUAGCCUCAGGAACUGAAACUUCUUUGGGGCUUGUCUUGAGACAUGGCAAAUUCUCCUUGGUGAGUUUUCUAAAAGUAUUUCCCCAUGGAAAGGAAAAAGUGGUUUGGGACAGAAAGAAAUGGAAUGUCUUCAGUCAUGGAAGAGCCUCCAUUUCAUCUCAUGUCCAUUUCUAGCCUCUUUCAAAAAGCACAGUGCAUCAUGAGCAACAGAAAAGCAGUAGAAUCCUAAAGGACUUAUCAGUUGUUCCAUAACUAGAAGCAUUCUUUGAUUUUAAAUUUGAAGCUGUUCAGUUUGCAGCUGGGGAUAUGUGCAUGGUUGGGAACUUAUACACAUAGAGCCAUUAACUACUUAAGCAGCUGCAGUAGACCUGAUUUUCUGUUUGCAGUAUAGAGAUUGAUUUCAAGGGAGUUACAUUAUUUGAAAAGUUACGACUUUCAGCCUUUGAGGUUUUAAGAAUCCCUUUUCAUGUUCUGAUCUUAAGUUGUUUGAAAAAAGAUUCACGCUUCUGCAUCCACCUCUGCCCUCAUUCUGUCAGUUGUGUGUGGACUCUGAGAAGCCUGCUUGAUAACUUGUCUUAAGUUCUAUUAAGGCAGUUAGACUGAGAUUUCUAAUGACUUUACCAUAAAGAUUAUACUUCUGCCUGGCAUUGUUUCUAUAAAACACUAUAGGAUAUUUGUUUUCAAAAGCAGUUGAGUAACAGCAACAUAAACCACAUUUUUUAAAAAAAUGAGCACUUUUCAUUCACUUGAAAGCUUAAGUGGGAAAAAGGAAGAUGAUUGUCAGGGGAAAAACUUACAAAAUGCUACAGUGUUUACAAAUGCCAGUUCCAGGUAUUAGAAAGGCCAUUUUCAUUAUGGUUCAAAUUUGGAAUAGCUUAUGCAAAGAUUGUGUUCAUUUUUAUACAAUUCUUUUUAACUUUAAAUUGCCAUUUGUGUUUUAAACAUAAUUCUGCACUUUGAAAUCAGUUCAUUAGAAUGAUAACAUUUAUAUGGAUAAAGAUGCAGUAUUCCUUAUUCUGUACUUGAUUUAUUAUACUUACCAAAGCUGCAACUGAAUAAAUCUGGUGAGGUGAGGCCUUCAAAUGUAUUACUACGCCUUUGUUAUGUUGUUAUGACUGCUUAGAAAUGUAGCCAUGAUGUUGUUCUAAAGAUGUCUUAACAUUUAUAGUGAGGAUUGACAGAAAUUAAGCAGUGUUAAGAAUACCAGCAUCCAUGUUACAGUCUGCGUAUAAGGGACGGAAUGUGAGGUAACUCUUAUGAAUCAUAAUAGGCCCAGAAAGCCUUAAUAUUCAUAGUUCAUAAUCCAGUCUCAGAUUUUGCUCUUCAGUGUUGCCUGUAAACUUAGCAGGUAAAUGUAUUCUAGUAUAAAAUAUCAUUGACCAAAUCUCUUCCUUUAGUUUUUCUGAGGUAGUGCAUCCCAUUAAAAAAGUCUCUUCAAUUUGAUUUGGCUUUAGUUUAGAAAGGGGUUUGGUAAGUCAUGUCUUCCAUAUGACAUUUCUACUCAUCCCCACACUGCCUUCCACUUAACCUGUACAGACAGCCCCAACACAUGGACAUGUGUGUACACAACUGUAUAUGCAGCAGCCAGUGGGCUAACAAAUAUCAACAAAGUACUUUUUUAAAAAGAAUUUGUAAUAAUCCAUGCUGUCUAGAAAUGUGAGUUACUUACCUUAUUAGGAAACCGGCUUAUAAUACUAUAUAUGACUCUGCCUGCAUUUUAUAGUUAAGAAAUGUACAUAAAAAUUGCUAUAUUUUCACAGUUUCAUUAUAGAGUAAUGUCUGUUUAGUAACCCAUGUCCAUUGAUACUUUAAAUAUGCUAAUUACUGAGCAAUUGCAAUAGAAAUCCAGAUUUUCAUAAGAAAAUGAAAUAGAAGGAUACUGCAUCUUUGAAAAAUAGAGUGAAGAUAUUUUACUGUAUUCGUAACAUAUGUGAUAGUGGAAAAAGUAUUUUCAAACUCACAAAUUUUACAGAGGUUGUAAAUAGUUUGAUGAAGUAUGUUGGGAAAGAGAGCUUCUAGUUUUCAUCACAAUAAAAGGAAAAAACUUGUUCAGAUAUGCCUUGUAUAUCUUACACACAAUGAGCGAAAUUGCCAUGGGAACUGUGUCCAACUUUGUCAGAGCAUGUUCUUCGUGUUCUGUUCAAAAUAGAGUGGCCACUUGUCAUGGUUUAGCCAGGAUGGUUUAAAAUAUAAUGAAGUCAUUUUAAGUUGCAGACAACUGAUUCCAAACUAGUAAUGUCUUUUCCUGAAAAGGGCAAAACAGCUGCACAGGAUUUUGCUUGUACUAAAGAGGAGCAUCUUACAAUUGUUCUCUUUUCUCAGUUAUCUCCCUCCUCAACAGAGUGUGAACAACCAUACAGGUGUUUAUUCUUGUUUUAUUCCAGGGAGACUGCUUUUAGGUAUAACUACAUGUUGACAAGAUUAAGUGCUGUGGAUAUGGCCACAUGUUAAAUGAAUCUAUACUCGCAGUAGGAAUAAGCUAAUGCCCAUUUUCAGAAAUAAAUUAAAUGCUGAAAGUGCCUGUCAGUAAAUAUUAUGACCAAUGAGAUAUUCCUAUACUUUUACACAGCAAUAAUUCUUAAUAAAACUGGGUUUUUUCCUGCACAUGUAAACACACACACACAUACCCACACACACACAGAGAGUAAAUACAUGCACAUAGUAAAUCAAAUCUGUUCACAUGCCCACAAAAAAAGCUUUUAUAUCUUUCAAAUAUACCUAAUCUUGUUUACAUUAACAUUUCUUAAUUUGAUCCUUCUAACUUGCAGAACUUAAGAACACAAAUCUGAACAUUAAGUUUAUCUUCAGUGAACACUAUUGCAUAUGGUAAUUAUAAUUUCCGGAUAAAAAGUUGACUGUCAUUUGCCCCAAACUUAUGAAACAGUAUGUAUGAUUCAAAAAGUUUUGCUCAGUUAAAAACACCAAUUUAUUUAGCGCAAAAGACUGAAGGAUAUUUGUUUGCUUGUUCAUUUUAUCCACUCAUAUCAAACGCACAAAUUCAUCUUUACAUUUCUUCAUUCCCCUUUCCCCUAAUAUUUCCUAUUAUCAUCUAAGAAUCAUUUUGGAAUGAAUAUUGACAGAAUCAUUUCUCCCCAAAAAGUCUGUUGAAGUACUACUGACACUUAAUAAGCCUAGCCUUUAACCAGUUUUGCAGUUAGUCCUAAAAAUUACCAGAUACAGAUUCAGAGGCUCACAGGUUUUUUUCCUGUAAUUACUGUACUGCUAAAAGUGGAGUCAUGGAUAGAAAUAUACAGUGAGAUUAUAUGAAUAGACAUGAACCCUGGAAAUUCUCCAACCCUGCCAUCUCAGAGCACAAAUUCACCCAAACAAGCUACUGAGGCUAUCAGUAAAAUUAUACUCAUGGAGAGUCACACAUCGGGUAAGGGCAAUUUUAAAAGUAGGACUGUGAUUAAACAUUCAGGCUUUAGACUUCCACGAUGGACUCAGACCACAGGCCUCAAAAAAACAUUCACUGUUUUCUCCUCCCAAUGUUAGAAAGAAGAAAAGAGAGAAGGAAAUGUACCAGGAUAAGGGGGUAAAAUAACCAAUUAAGUGUCAAAGGAAAGCUGCUGGGUUCCUUAAUCUCACUGAAGUCAAGUCUUCUGACUGGGCUUCUUUCCAUGUGUUGUCUGAAAAAACUAAAGUACCUUGAAAGGUUACACAUUCAGCAAACCAUGAAGAUAAUAGCUAUUCUUUAUUGAACACUAUGUGCCAAGCAAUAGGCUAGGCAAUUUUUAGAUACGUUACCUCCAACCUGUACAACUUUUCUACACUUUAUGGAUGGGAAACGGAGGCAUGGGAAGUGUGGCUGGGUUGUUCAUGGAUGUAGAAAUAGUAAACGGCAGAGUAGGAAAGUGAAACCUCCUAUCUCUGACCCGGAGGUCUGCCUGUAUCUUUCCCACUCCACCACACUGCACAUGGGUGUCCUGAAACCACCUUCCCAGAUUCCUGACUCUCAGCAAUUUUAUUGUGGACAACAUGCAUGAGUAGUCAUCAUAUUUUUCAAGUGAAAUAUCGGGACAUGAUAUAACACAUGACUUAACAAUGGUACUGAAUAUUUGAAAUCAGGCCUCUCCUGGAAAAUCAUGCAUGAAGGAUCAUUAUAAACAAACAAUAGCAACCAGUUGUCUCCCCACACUUGUCACUUUUCUCAUAAAUGUCUGGCCUGGAGCUCCAAAAUCAUCCAAAUACUUAAUAGCAUUUUAGCCUGAGUACACUUUCUCAGUUCCUCAACUCUUUGUAUGCCUUUCCACCAACAUAGACAUUCUGGAAUCUGCUUCAGAUGCAUUUGAAAUUUUCACCCCCAUGGAACUAGUGAUUAAUAUCAGAGCCCACUCUUGCAGUUGGUAAUGGGGUGGCAAUCAAACAUUCAGAUGAUGAUAAAGGAGAGAUAAUGGAUAAUUCUUUUUCAGAGUUCUCACUUAACAGCUCUGUGUUGGAAUGUUUUAAAUAGUCUUAUAAAUAAUUUGUUUAUAGUAUUGUUGUUAGUUUAAUUGAAUUUUAUGUAAGAAGCUGUCCAACAUCGGAGAAAUGAAAUUCCUCCCUCUUUUCUGUGUAGAACAAGGUCUUUGACAGUAUUGAUUCAUGGAAGUACUAAUGGACUUAGAAAACAUUAAGAGAAUGUCAUUUCUCAUAGUGUUUCUGUUUCUGAAAAUGAAUCUCCUGAAUUAUGAUCUUUCUCCCUGUUACUUGGCUGGGGAAAGAGAUAAAAGCUGUAUAAACAAAUCCUCUUCCAUGCUCAAAGCAAGUGUUCCAUGUGCACAACCUGCUGCAGACUGGGGCCCUUCUCAGUUAAUUGGGUUUCACAAGCAAUAAUUUCUCCACAACAAAAACCACAACUUGAAGUGAGUUGAAAAGAGAUGAAUAGUGGAAACAGUUGCCUCAGUACUUUUUCUUUCUGGAUUUCAUCUCUAGAAAUUUGAAGUGUUUGAGACAAGAGUCAACCCUUUGUGCAAGGCGAGAACCAAUGAGUGGACUCCUUGUGUGAAUUAUUGCAUCUUCUUCCAAAGCAGGUUCACCAAGACUUUCACAGAGAUUCAUUUUUGUUGAGAAGUAAGGGUCAAUAGGAGGAUAGAAUUUGGAUCCAAAUCUAGUGAUAAAAGUGUCCAAGCAAUCAAAAAGUAAGAUAUUUUAAGGACAUACCAACAUCUUCCCUUUCUGCUAAUUUCAUGCUCCAAAGAUAUGGCAAAAAAAAAAAUCAUAGAAAAUGCUUUUGCCCUACUUGUGGUCUAGUUUUCCCAUGGCAGAAUUUUGUAAUUACAUCCAGAAUAUAGUGUAUAUUUUGUUCCUCAAACUUUAUUACAUUGGAUGGAUAUUGUUGAACUGGGGCACUGGUGCCUAUAUUCAAGGCUCUUUCCUAUCAACGUGUCUGUCCACAAUUUGUUGUGUUUAAAACUUCAUUUUGAAAAAUCACUGUCCCCCUGUGGGGUAGUGACUGUAUUGUUUUGUUCAUGUCUAUGUGGGACACAUUGCAUCACAUGGCAAACCAAGUCUCUGUGGAUGUGAGAUAAGUACUUAUAAAACCAGCUUGAAAACAUCGUCUUAUGUAUUAUGUCAUCUUGCAUCAUAAUGCAAUUAUGUGUAUCAUAACAUGCUCAUUUAAAAAAAGAGAAACCAGCAAAUUCAUGUUUGUCCAUAGAAGAAUGUACUCAGAACUUUGUGUUGUGAAACGAUGAGAACAGACCACCUUUAAGAUACCCACCUGCCACUUAAAAUGACUUAGUUAUAAUUAGUAGUAGUCUAGACGUUGUUCUUGGUGUGUGGGGGUCAAUUCUAACGUCAUGUUCUUUUGAAUAAAUCUCUCAGUCAUAUUUGAAAAAAAAUACAUGGGAAUAAAGAAAAAUAUCAUCUUUGGCCAAGUCAAGCAGGCAUCUUUUUUUCUUUUCCUUGACGUUUAGCUCAUUAUACAUGGUGAUUGGAUCACAAGAUCCUUCCGUGUAAAAAUACAAAAACAUCCUUCAGUUUACAAAACAGUUAUUCUAGGCUUGAAGCCUCUGAACAGCGAAUUGAAUAGAUGGGCUGCAUCUGAUUUGCUUUAUGGAUGUAAUUUUACAAAAGACUCUUGGGUCUCUGACCCCAGGGAGUUAAGAGUGCCCAGAGGAGGUCCUACACAUUAAAGGAUAAAGCCCCCCAAUGAUGCUGGCAAGCAAAUGUGUUGAGUUCUUAAAUCUUCAUUUGGUUUUCUGUUCAGGAUUUUAAUUGCAAAUGAAUUUAUUUCUCCAGUUUAUCUAAAGACCUAAUUUCCCAAUAGUUUCCUCUGCAUUUAUAUACUCUGUAGUGUUUAGGCAACCCUGUUAUAAGUUUAUUAAUAUUAUGUAAGUGUUGUUCUUGUAUUUAUGUAUAGUGUAUGUAUUGUAAAUAUACUCAGAGCUUUUUUCCUUUUACUGUAAAAUGGUGAUUUUUUUUGCCCUAUGAUAAUGUAAAGGGAGACCCUCCUAAUGAGAUUCUCUCAGAGGAUGAUUAUUCCAGUCUAUUCUCAGAGAUUUAAAUGAACAAGUGUUAUUGUUUUUAAUGGUGUCUCAGACAUAUUCUGUUGGUGCAUUGCUUUUCUGUAUUCAACUUUCCUAUGAAUUGAGCUGUGAACUGAAAUAGAGUUUAAACCUUUAACUGUAUGCAUUUGUAUAAUUAUCUGAAUGAAGGCAUGAAGGUUAAAUAAAGCAUUUUGUAUGGAACAAAA